UCGGCCGAACGAGCUUUCGAACUGCUAGUCUGCGUUGGUUGUCCUGACGAAGUGGGAGUGUUGCAAGCGUGAUUGGCUUUCAUAUGAUGUGUUUUUAAACUUUGAUUCGUAUACACAAAUAAGCCAAACUCAACUUUUCCGCAAGAAAGGCGGUGCAUCACUCCUAUAUAAAAAUCUGGACGUUGAACAGUGAUUUACAAGCGAUUUAGUGAACAUUACGAAUUCUAACCUCUUCAUCUCGUACCAAGUGAUUUUUAAAAUAGUUUUAAGUGGUAUGUUCAGCAUUUUCUAAGUGUGUGUCGAUGUUCUCCAUGUUAUAGGCUACAAACUCGAAAAUAGCCGGCGAAUUUUGUGUUUUGUUUGCAUUUUUUUUCGAUAAAAAAACUGUGCCGAUAUUUGUUCGUAGAAUAUGUUGUUGUGCUUGACGUCAAAUAUGGCCAAUUAAGCAAAAAAGAAGUCAACCCACUAGUGGCCAAAUGACGUGAGACUGAAACCCCAGAAUUGGCCCCGCUAUGAAGCGGUCAAGGCUAUUUUUACCAUUCUUGGUGGCAGCCUUCGCGACGAUGGUUGUUGCCGGUCCACCGACACCCAUAAUUCGAACCUUUGCCGACUCAAAAGUACAAGCCUUCAACCAUUUGGUGGUCGACAAAAACACUGGUAGAGUUUACAUCGGAGCCGUAAACCGAUUAUAUCAGUUGUCGCCCGAUUUGGAGCUCGUGGUGUCCGAAGAAACCGGACCCAGGAUGGAUUCCGAAGAUUGUUCGGUACUGGAGUGCAAUAACAUGUUAAAUAAGAAACUUACGGAUAACGUUAAUAAGGCGUUGGUAAUCGAUUACACUACAACGAGAUUGAUUGCGUGUGGAAGUUUAUUCCAAGGCAUUUGCACUGUACGAAAUCUGCACAACAUCUCAGACGGUACCUUGGAGGUAAGAGAAGCGGUGGUCGCAAAUAACGCCACCGCAUCGACGGUGGCUUUUAUAGCACCGGGUCCACCGAAUCCACCAGUUUCCCAAGUAAUGUACGUCGGUGUGACGUUCACGCUGGGUUCUCCUUAUCGCUCAGAAGUACCGGCAGUGAGUUCGCGUUCUUUAGACAAAGACAAAAUGUUCGCCAUCGCCCAAACGGCUGUUACCACAGGAACUAGGAUGUUCGUCAAUUCUUUAGCUAGAGAACGUUAUCCUAUAACGUACGUAUACGGUUUCGCAUCGGAAGGCUUUAGUUACUUCUUAACUACUCAAAUGAAACACACGUCGUCUAGUCAUUAUAUCAGUAAACUGGUGCGAGUGUGUCACGUCGACGAGAAUUAUUACUCGUACACCGAAAUACCAAUCGAUUGUAUCAGCGAAGGGAGAAAAUACAAUUUAGCUCAGUCAGCUUACGUCGGCAAAGCCGGUUCAGAUUUGGCGUCGGAUUUGGGCAUAACGGCACAGGAUGACGUUUUAUUCGCGGUGUUCAGUGAGAGUGAUCCUGUGACCGCGAACAAACCGUCUGACUUGUCAGCACUGUGCGUCUAUUCGUUGAAAUCCAUCAGGAGGAAGUUCAUGCAGAACAUCAAGCACUGCUUCAGCGGCAAAGGGCAACGCGGUCUAGACUUCAUCUCUCCUAGCCACGCCUGCGUUCAAACGAAACUGCAAACGAUUGGGGAGGACUUCUGCGGCCUGGAUGUGAACACACCUUUAGGAGGCGAGCAGCCUGUUGUUACUGUCCCGGUUCUCCUGUUCAACACGAGACUGACGGCUGUCGUCGCGACGUCAACUGGCGAUUUUACCGUGGUAUUUAUUGGGACGUCUACCGGUCAUCUGAAAAAGGUCGUUGUCGAAUCUCAAACAUCCGGGCUUGAAUAUGGCGACAUAAUCGUCGAAGAAGGAUCGCCGGUCAAUCAGGAUUUGCAUUUCGACUCCCAACUCAUGCAUCUCUACGUGAUGACCGAAAAGAAAGUGUCCAAGGUGAAAGUGCAAGAAUGUACAGUUUACAGAAACUGCAUGGAAUGCCUCGGAGUCAAAGAUCCAUAUUGCGGAUGGUGUUCCCUGGAAAACAAAUGCAGUUUACGUUCCGACUGUCAAGAUGCCGCGAAGGACCCUUUGUACUGGAUCAGCUACAAAAGCGGCAGAUGCACUACGAUCACGUCGGUGAUACCGAAUCAGCUUCAAAGAACCACCGCGAUAACCCUGGACCUCGUCAUCGAAAAUCUUCCGAGCCUGAGUGGCAAUUUUUUAUGCGCGUUUACCGUCGACAAAACUCUGGUCUUGACCAACGCCACUCGAAAAGGGUCGGGGGUAAACUGUACGACACCCAGGACCGAUUUGUUACCGUCGAUACCGCCCGGUCAACAUCAUUUCACGGCGAAACUGUCGGUAAGGAUGACGUCCGGUCCUGAUUUCGUCGCGACGAAUUUUACAUUCUUCGACUGCAACACCUACAGCUCUUGCACGCAGUGCGUGUCGUCGUCGUUUCCGUGCGAUUGGUGCGUGGACGGCCAUCGAUGCACCCACGAUACGGCGGAAAACUGUCGAAACGACAUUCUCGUCACCGGAGUCAGCAGGUCCGGUCCGAGUUACAGAUCCGGACCCGCGUUUUGCCCCGCCAUAAACGCGACGGUGGGUAAUUCCCCGGAAAUAUUAGUCGCUUCCGGAAUUAAGAAAGCGAUCAAAGUGAAAGUGCACAUUAUAGGGCAGUUCAUAGUACAAACUAGAUUCGUAUGUCAGUUUAAUAUUGAAGGGCGAGUGACUAGCGUUAACGCGCAACUUUUGGGAGAUACGAUUUAUUGCGACGCCAUGGAGUUCGCUUAUUCGUCGAGGGCGCCGAAUAUCACCGCCACGUUCGCCGUUAUUUGGGGCGGAUCCAAACCAUUAGAUAAUCCCGACAAUAUACACAUCGUGAUCUACCGGUGCCACGACAUGGCCGACAACUGUGGCAUUUGCUUAGCAUUGUCAGAAAAAUAUGACUGCGGAUGGUGUCAAAGUUCAGACAGGUGCGAAGUGAAAGAACAGUGCGAAAGAGGAUCGGCUGUAUGGCUUAAUAGAAGUCAGACGUGUCCCAACCCAGAAGUGACGUCAUUUAGCCCGGAACUCGGUCCCUGGGAAGGUGGUACCAACAUUACGAUACAAGGAAUUAACUUGGGCAAAACGUUCCAAGACAUUUACACCGGAGUGAGCAUCGCUGGUAUCAACUGUCAACCGUACGAACAUUUGUAUAUCAAAACGAAACAAAUUGUUUGCAUCGUGGACGGCCCGGGAACCAAAGAACCUCGACAAGGGCCGGUAACUGUCAAAGUUGAAGACUACCGGGGUGAAUCGAAAACUCAUUAUAGAUUCGUGGACCCCGUGAUCACUGGGAUAUCACCCAGAUACGGCCCCAAAUCUGGUGGUACUGCACUUCAGAUAACCGGAGAGUAUAUGAAUGCCGGCAGUAACAUUCAAGCGUUUCUCGAAGACUUGCCAUGCAAAAUUGUAUCCACCGAACAAAAUCAGGCGCUAUGUAUUACCAGUACGUCGGACAAAACAUCCAAAAAGAAACUGAGGAUGAAAUUCGACAAAGGCGAUCGGUAUCUCGAAAACAUGUAUUUUGAGUACGUAGAAGAUCCGGUAAUCGAAUCGGCUGAAUCUGGCGUCCAAACUGGUCAGAUUAAAGUCCCCAAAGGUAUACCGGCGGGAGGAAUCAAAAUUUCCGUAACUGGUAAAAAUCUGGCGUACAUUCAGAAACCGCAGAUGUAUGUUUUCUACGAAGGGAAAAUGUUUAUAAGCGAAUGUACAGUGCUGAGCAAUACGAGCAUGAUAUGCAGCAGUCCCGUGAUCGAUGAAGUCGAUGAAUCCAAGUUGAAUGCGGACGAACCCCUGAGGCUAGAGUACGGAUUUCGAAUGGACAACGUUACCGGUGUGCAAAACCUGACGAAAAACAAAAACUUUAACCAAUUCCUACUGUAUCCCAACCCCAUCUUCUACCCGUUUGAAAAAGAAGUGAAAUACUACAAAUCAGACUAUUUAAAUAUCAACGGGCAAAACAUUGAUAGAGCUUGCCAGGAAUCUGAUGUUGAAGUAAGAAUAGGAACCAGUUACUGCAACGUUACGUCGUUAUCUAGGCAGCAACUUACUUGCCGGCCACCCGAAACUCAACCCCCGGCAAUAGACGAUCAGGGGAUUCCCAGCGGAGAAGCGUUACCAGAAGUGGUGGUGACAGUUGGUGGUACUUUAAGAUACAACAUUGGUCACCUUUCAUAUUCGUCACCGCAGAGUAUAAAUGGCACUUUGACCAAACCAACAUUAUACGGGGCUAUCGUCAUCGGUAUAAUCAUAUUGGUAUCGUUCAUCUUGUUCCUAAUCGCUUAUAGACGGAAAUCAACCGAGAGUAACCGAGUGUUGAAGAACAUGCAGGAACAAAUGGAUAUUUUAGAGCUGAGAGUCGCUGCCGAAUGCAAAGAAGCGUUCGCCGAGCUUCAGACCGAAAUGACAGACCUCACCAGCGACCUCACGUCCGGAGGUAUACCGUUUUUGGAUUACCGCACGUACGCCAUGAAAAUAUUAUUCCCUAACGUUGACGACCACGCCGUUCUCCAAUGGGAACGCCCCGAACUCAUAUGCAAAGAAAAAGGACUGAGACUAUUUGGCCAACUUAUCAUGAACAAAACGUUCUUGCUUUUGUUCAUUAGAACGCUGGAAAGCAAUAGAUACUUCUCCAUGAGGGACCGGGUGAACGUAGCAAGCCUAAUAAUGGUCACCUUGCAAAGUAAAAUGGAAUACUGCACGGAUAUACUGAAAACUCUACUGGCUGAGCUGAUCGAAAAAUGCAUGGAGGGCAAAAGUCAUCCGAAACUGCUUUUAAGAAGAACCGAAAGUGUGGCGGAAAAAAUGUUGAGCGCUUGGUUCACAUUCCUUUUGUAUAAAUUUUUGCGGGAAUGUGCGGGAGAGCCUUUGUUUAUGUUAUUUAGAGCCGUUAAACAGCAAGUAGAUAAGGGACCGGUGGACGCUAUUACUUCCGAGGCUAGGUAUUCACUUAGCGAAGAGAAACUUAUAAGACAAUCAAUAGAUUUUAGACCGAUGACUGUAUAUGUGUCCAUAUCCCAACAGGCAUUUGUGGGGGGUGUGGAUAUAAAUACCGAAAAUAUUGCUGUGAAAGUGUUGGAUUGUGAUACUAUUAGCCAGGUUAAAGAAAAAUGCUUAGAUACUAUUUACAGAGCCACUCCUUACUCGCAGAGACCUAAGAAGGAGGAUCUCGAUUUAGAAUGGCGUACUGGCACCUCAGGAAGACUAAUAUUGUAUGAUGAAGAUAGUACUACAAAGAUUGAAGGGGAAUGGAAGAGGAGAAAUACUCUUCAGCACUAUAAAGUACCUGAUGGGGGAUGUUUGAAUCUAGUAUCUAAACAAAGUUCGAUUUACAACUUAAGCAUAUUCUCCGACAAGAACGACAAAUCGCAUAAGUAUGAAACAUUAAAUCUUGGCAAGUUAAGCUCCGUCAGCCCGCCCCUGAGCAGGGCCACGAGCCCUUUGAAUCACGACCACGACCAAGGGCUCAAGGUUUGGCAUUUAGUCAAACACCACGACAAUGAUAACCAAAAGGAAGGUGAAAGGGGCAACAAAAUGGUGUCGGAAAUUUAUCUGACUAGACUUCUAGCCACAAAGGGUACUCUACAAAAGUUUGUAGAUGACUUGUUUGAAACAAUAUUUAGCACAGCUCAUCGAGGAUCUGCUCUACCCCUUGCCAUUAAAUAUAUGUUCGAUUUCCUUGACGAUCAAGCAUUGCAACAUGGUAUCAGCGAUCCUGAAGUUGUGCACACGUGGAAAAGCAAUUCCCUUCCGCUUAGGUUUUGGGUUAACCUAAUCAAGAAUCCCAAUUUUGUGUUUGAUAUUCACAAAUCGAAUAUUGUGGAUGCUUGUUUAUCUGUCGUUGCUCAAACGUUUAUGGAUUCAUGUUCCACGUCUGAUCAUAGAUUAGGAAAAGAUUCCCCUAGUUCUAAACUUUUAUACGCUAAAGAUAUACCUUGUUAUAAAGAUUGGGUUGAACGGUACUAUUCGGAUAUCAAAAUGAUGCCAGCUAUUUCAGACCAAGACAUGAACGCUAUGCUAGCAGAGGACUCUAGGCUACACACAACAGAAUUUAAUACAAACUGUGCCCUGCACGAACUCUACCUGUACGCCAUGAAAUACAACGAACAACUAACAGUUACCUUAGAAGAAGACGAAUUUUCCCAAAAGCAGAGAUUAGCGUUGAAAUUGGAACAGGCGCACAAUAUAAUGAACGAAGUGGGGCAACCAUGAUAUUGGCCUGACCUGACGUGUCAGUCAGCCGAGCUUGAUCUGAUGUGUACAUCGGAUGACUUGAAUCUGAUGCUCAGAGCAUCGGCUGAAGUAGAUCUGAUGCGACCUUCAGCUCCCCCCCUCUCGCCUGUCAUUUCGGCACCUCAGGAACUGGCUUGCUGAUAAACAUUAUCCAACAAAUUAGUCCAGGACUCAUUCAUGACACGUACCAGACUUUUGGGUUCUCAGAAUUUUGUUUUUUUGAGGAAAUAAUAAACUUUCAAGUGAACUGAUGUGCAUAAACUUAAUAAAACUCUGUUUGAAAUUGGCUCAAUGGAGGACCAUUGGGUGCAGAAGACAAAUGCUCACUUUGUUGUGCCUUGAUCAAUUAGAAUGUUAAAAACACCGAUUAUUGUCAAAAUCUCAAAAAUUAUUCUCAAGAAAAAUACCUGAGAUUUUGACAAAUUAAGCGCACAAUACUUAUUUUUCAGUUACGUGCCAGGUUGGAAUUAGACAUAUUUUUUGAGAAGAUUGCUUUUCUGACAAUAAAAUGAACUUGGAAACUUCCUAACCUCACAGACUCUGUCCUACAAGUGUCUAUCAUUUAAUAAAGCUUCUCGAAACCAUUCUCACGAUGCUGUGUUGGCUUUCAGUGUUUGGUGUGAUACUGCUGCUUAGUAGAGUAUUUCACGCGAUAACAUAUCUUCUCAUUUUUUCGAAUUCAUGUUGUCGAAUCAGGCAUAAAAAAACGGAAAGCACAAUUAGUGUAAUCAUGAAAACAAAAUAAGGUGUUCUCCAAGAUAUGUAUAGUGGUUAUGGUUGAGCACUGGACUAAACUAUACAUAUCCCAUCAGACUAAUUUCUCUGUAUGUUACGAAAUUGCUGUCGUGCAAUUAUUAAUUGUUCAGUGUAUAUGCCGGGGACAGUGCUCUCACUCAGUGACUCGCAAAAGUGCCUCUGGUAGAAUUGAGUGAUUGACUGCCUCCAAAAACCAAAUGAGUGUACUAUAUUUUUAUGAUAACAAUUUAGAAUUAUGCUUCAUUGUGCUGAUUCUCAGCCUUAGUCCAUAUUACAAGAUUAACUGGAAUAUCAAAUUAAUCAUGCUUUUUUAAAAUUCGCGUAACGGUUAUAACUUUGUUUUAUUUUUUUUUUCUUACAUUUAGUUGAAUGUGUGCAUAAUGUCUACAUAUUAUUGGUACCUCAAAUCCAUGUUUGAAUAAUUUUUCUUUGAGAGUAAUGGAAGCCCAACUGCAUUUCAGGGUGUAACGACAAAUUGAAAUACUUCUACAUCGGGAGAGAUCAACUGGUAUUAGAUGUUAUACAUACAAUUUAAAAGCAAUCAUUGAUGAUUGUCUUCCGAAAAAGGAAGCAGCAGGGUGGUAGUAUUACUCGCGACCUUCAAUCAUUGGAUGUCUCAAUCUAUACAUACAUACUAUGCACCGAUCGUUUCAAUGUGGUUUGUGUGUGUGUAAUAAGGCUGUGUACGUUUUUUUGUGAACAAACCAGCAAAAUAUAUACAAUAUUAAAUAAGUUGCCGCACUAACGAUUAUUUGGACAGUGCCGCUGCCGACAGCUAUACGCAUUCGUUCCACUUAAAGGUUCGUCGUUUCUUUUAAAGCAGGGUGUUAAUACAAUUCUUACGACGUCGCCAAUUUCCUCUAGCUUUCAAAGUUAAAUGUACUUCGCAAAAUAAUUAAUUACCUUCAUUGGGCAUUUAUCGGACUUGUUCGGAUACGUUAUAUACAUCUUAUUCGUUUGCUUUGUUUUCCUUUUGUUUAUGAUUGCACUGUUGUAUCUGAAAAAGAUUGCUACAUGCCCAUAUCGAAUUUUGUGAAAUUGUUAUUUUCUUUACUAGUCAAGUCAAUUUCAAUUUUGAUUUCUUCCGUUUUGACAAUAUCGUAAGGAGUAUCGAUCAAAAUUAUAUUGUCAAAAUAGUUGAGAAAACACGCGAUUAUUUGAACUAUCUUGAAAAACAUUACUGAAUGUUUCUAAACCACUUUUAUAUAUAAAUAAGAAUAAAAAUACUCAUUAAGGAAUAACAGCUUUAAUACUUAUUGAUAAUAUUUUAAUAUUCUUUCUGACCAAACGAUUUUGAUAUAGUAAAUAGAUCAUUUUUAAAUCUUAUAUACUGCCUAUAUAGUUUUUAAGAUAUAUAUUAUGUAACUUAUUGCAUUCCUUUUUAGUGAGAAAAUCUUAUGUAUGUAUAGCUCUUUUUACCUAUGAAUGAUUCUAGAUCUAAACGGAUCAAACGAAACAUUCAGUAAUUUAUUAAGUGGCAAUAUCUAUAUUUCAUUUACCUUAUAUAACUGUUUUAGUUAGUUUUAAAUUUAAUACUAUAGGUGUUGUCGAAAGAAUAAUAAUUCAGAUGAUCAUGAUGUAUAUUGUAACUCUAGAACGAUUGUUUUGUAGACCGGAAUUAAUACAAAACAUACUCCAAAGUGUAGUCAAUAUAUGAAACCAGACAGUAAUGGUUAACAAAAAUUAGUAGGAAACACACGGCGCAACUAUCUGUGUUCAUAUGUUGAGUAAACUAGAAACUGCCAGUUGAAAAUUUUCCGCCAUUUUAUUUGCUGUAUUAGUAGACUAAUUGAACCGUUUAUUCGCUGUAAACUUUAUUAAGGGAACAAAAAAAAAUGUAUAAAUAAUUGUGUUAUUUUUUAAAAUGAAUUGGGUAUCCAAAAUUGUAUUUUCAUUAAUGGUUAUGAAUGUUGUCACCGUCCUUAUUGGAACAAUGUAUUUCUCAAAUUAGCUUACGGACAGCUACGCAUAUCAAUGUCCAGAGUUAGGCACUUUGUAUUUUUUUAUUGAUAUCUGUAAAAUCAUUUGUUUUUAUUUUUUUUAUCUAUUAUUUUAAGUAUUGUAAAUAAAAAUUUUUAUGCCAAAAAAAUCUGCUUCUGGACAACUGCAUAGUAAGAAUUGUAAAUACUAAAUGUACGUAUGUAAGUAUGUGAGAGAAUGAAUAAUGUGUUUAUAUGUACGCAUCUCCGAUAUAUUCAUAGUACUGUGUGUAUAUCCGAUUGCAUCUGCAAUAAUAUGAAUGGUAAUGUAUUACUAUAUGUUAUUAUAAAAGACUGAAUGGAGUUACUAAACUACUUAAUAGAAAAAUA